GGUAUGUUUGUUGGGCGCAAACCUUUGUCAAGUUUGGGUUUCGUAAGAAUUCAGUUUAUUUAGAUGGGACCAGCUCAUAAUACCAAUUGUCUCAAGGAAGGGCUGAGAUUAGAGGAUUGUGAGUACAUCUAGUUCUCUUCUUAUCAAAGUUGUCUGUGCCAUAUUUUUUUAAAUUAUUUUUUAGGGCUAAAAUGUCCAAAAGGAAGGUAAGAAAAAAGCCAGUUGAUGAAGCAACCUUUUACAUUCAAUCUUCAAAGGACAAACCAGGAUUAAUGGAAAGAUUUAUUGAUGACAACAAAGGAAGAGGCAUAUUUGCUACCCAGCCCAUUGAACAGGGAGAUUUUGUCAUAGAAUACAGGGGACGUCUUCUACCAGCAGAUGAAUGUCAAACAAGAAAGUACUCUGGAAAGGAGAGUACAUUUCUUUUUGAGUUUGAAUGGCAGAAUCGACAUUGGUGUAUUGAUGCAUCAAAAGAGGAUGGCUCUCUAGGAAGAUUAGUGAAUGACAACCACAAGUCUCCAAACUGCACCAUGGAAAAAAUUAUUGUAAAUAAUAAGCCCCAUUUGUGCCUCUUUGCCAUCAAGAAAAUAGAAAUAGGAACUGAAAUUGAUUACAACUACGGGGACUCAAAAUGGCCAUGGCGUGAAAAAUUCCAGGUAACUGGCUGUCAGGCUCCUGCUCCUGCAGAUCAACUACACAAAACCUUCUGUGACUCUCCCAGUGAUGACACUAACGAACAAGACAACAGCCAACAGAUAAAUCCAAAUUUGUCUGAUGCUACCUACGAUUCAAGUAAUGACAGCGUGGAAGAGCCUUCAGUGUUAUUGGCAAUGGAUUCACAACGGCCUACAAGAGCAUCUUACUUCUCUGGGAGUUUUGCAGGGUUAGAUGAGACAUGUGAAGAUGGCGAAGAAGAAUAUGUUCCAGAAACAAGUGAAGAAAGCAGUGACAGUGAUGCCAGCAUGGAAUUACCUAUAAAUAAAAGUCCAAAGGAUAAAAUUAUGUUACUCAGUCAAAACAGAAGCAAGUUUAGUAUGCAAGGCCAGAUUGAGUCGAGUCAAAGAAUUUUUGGAAGUCAUGGUUCCAGAGCUGCUACAUGUGAAGAUGAAAGUGCAUCACUGGAGGAAGCAUCUGUUUUUGUUGCUCCUGUUUUGAAGAAGGAAGAUGGCUCCAGAACAUAUGCCAAGAAACACCAAUGUGUGUAUUGUGGUGUACUUGUUCAAAAAAUGUCAAGACAUUUGAUGCGCAAACACAUGAAUAAAGUAGAAGUCGCAAAAGCUUAUAGUUUGCCAAAAAACUCAAAACAAAGACGACUCCAGUUGGAUUAUUUAAGAAAUAAAGGAAACUUUGAGCACAAUACUGAAGUUUUGGAAAGUAACAAAGGUAAGCUCAUUGCAUGGAAACAACCAAAGGAGAAAACAGAAGGAGACAUAUUUAAACAUUGUUUGUACUGCUAUGGACUAUUCAAUAGAAAGGCAAUGUGGCGACAUUUUCAGACUUGCAAAUUCAAGCCUGAAGAUAAAUCUUCCAAAACGGGUAGAACAAGGGUUCAAGCAUUGUGUGCCUUUGCUGAACCAGUUCCGCCAGAGUUCAGUGAUUCUUACUGGCGGUUCCUAAGUGAGAUGCAUCAAGAUGACAUCACAGUUGCAUGUAAGAAAGAUAAUUGCAUCCUAAAGUUUGGUUACAGAUUGUUUCACAAGAAUAAGAUGGUCAGCCACCACCCGUACAUCCGUCAAAAGCUAAGAGAGCUUGGCAGACUGCUACUUGAAGCAAAAAAGAUUGCUCCUGUGAAGAGUAUUAAAGACCUCAUAAAGCCAGAGAAGUAUGUUCAAGUUGUCUCAGCUGCAAGACGUCUAGCUGGAUUCUGUGAAGAAAGUGGCAAAUAUCAUCGACCAUCUCUCGCUAGAAAAGUUGGUCACAACAUACAUUCUUUAGCCUUGUUCAUUAAGAGUGAAGGACUGAAGAGCCAGGAUAAGCAAAGUGUCAAAAAUGCAGAAAAGUUUGCACAACUUUAUCAAGAAAGUUGGAACUAUGACAUUGCGAGCCAAGCUUUAACCCAGCUUCAACAGAGGAAGUGGAAUGCACCUCUACUGUUGCCUUUCACACACGAUGUCCAGAUUCUUCACAACCAUUUGUCAGAGAAACAGCAGGAGUAUUUACGUGCUUUGACAAAAGAUGCCUCACAGUCCAACUGGAAGGAUCUUGCCAAAGUCAUUCUGGCACAAGUAAUCCUUUUCAACCGACGGCGAGCUGGGGAGGUUUCCAGAAUGCAUUUGUCAGUUUACCUGUCGAAGGACACAUCCACUGCACAUGAGGAUGUUAACCUGGCCCUCACAGCACUUGAACAAAAGCUUUGCAACUAUUUUGUCCGGAUAACAAUAGUGGGAAAGAGAGGAAGAAAGGUCCCUGUUCUACUGAGUCCACAGAUGAAGGAAUCACUUGAUACUCUUACUGAAAAGCGGGAAGAAUGUGGAGUCCUGAAAGAAAAUCUGUACCUGUUUGCUUUGCCGAAUUCCUUCCAUUACCUCAGGGGUUCAGACUGCAUCAGGCAACUUGUAAGUCAAUGCAGUGGCCUCAAAGACUCUACUGCUCUCACGUCAACAAAGCUUAGGAAGCACAUUGCUACAUUGUCAACGGUUUUGAACCUCAAGACCACAGAACUCGAUCAGUUGGCAGACUUUCUUGGCCAUAACAUUGCAGUUCACAGAAAGCACUAUCGCCUUCCAGAAGGAACUGUACAGUUAGCAAAAGUAAGCAAAGUUCUUCUUGCAUUGGAACAAGGACGUCUAGGAGAGUACAAAGGGAAGAGUCUGGAUGAAAUCCACCUUGAUGUCAACGAACCUCUUGACACGGAUGAGACUUUUGAAGAAAAAGAAGAGCAGAUAAAAGGAGCUCCUGAAGAGACACCUUGUGCUGCCACAUCCAGUGGAAGUCAGAAAGCCUUGACCAAAAAGAGAGAUGAACUGAUGCCAGAAGUCGUCAAAGUGACCCCUUCUACUCCCGCAUCUAGUGACCGCAGUAAUGAAAAGUCUGCUAAAAAGAGAGGUAAUGAAAAAGUUGUGAAAAGAAACUGGACACCAGAGGAAUGUGCUGCAGUAAAUAAACAUUUAAGGAAGUACAUAGUGACAAAUCGAGUUCCUGGUAAGGUUGACUGUGAGAAUUGCAUUGCUGCAGAACCACAAGUACUGAGUAAUAGAGACUGGAAAGCAGUUAAGUACUUUGUCAAAAACAGAAUAACCACCAUGAGGAAAAAGUAUGAGUGAAAGAGUUUCCAUGAACUUCCAUGAAUUCUUUCAUGAAGCUCUUGGAUAGAAAUACAUGGCUAGUCUUGUUUUGUUAUUGUACAUUUGUUAUGCUCCAUUGCUACUGUUUGUAAAUGUUAGAUGUGGACAAAAUUUGAAGUAUUUUUCAGUUCAUUUAUCAAAAUUCUGACAAAGAUGGGCAAAUGUUUAGAAAGCAAAUUAAGUGCUAAACUGUUGAAACUGUUGAAACCACCAUGAGGAGAAAAUGAGUGAAAAAGCUUCCAUGAACUUCCAUGAAUUCUUUCAUGAAGAAAUAAUUUGGGUGUCCAAACUUUUUGCAAAGGGGGCCAGAUUCGGUGUGUUAAAAAUGUAGGGGGGCCGACCUUGGUGGAUGUUCUUUACAUAGAACAGCAAUAUAUUUAAACAAAUUUCAGCAAGCCAUUCUGUGUUUUACAUUUGCUUUUUUAUUUUAAUUUCAGCAAUCUUAAGCAUGUCUUUUGGUUCAUUUGAAACAUGCAUAUCAUAUGCAAUUGAAUAUUCACUUAACUUCACUUUUUUAACACUAACUUUUUUCUAACGAUAUUUACAGAAUUUUUAAAUAAAAUUACAGAAAAAUGAGCAAGUAAUAGUCAUAUCAACAAGUGCAGGGCUCAUUUGAAAGAUGACAUAUUAGUAAAUGUUGAUCAGAUUUUUAAAAGUUUAUUAUUCUGGAGUGAAAACUGAAAACUUGUCUGAAUUUCUGACUUAUUUUGAUCUUAAAAAACAAAAGCAAAAUUUAUUCAGAAACUUGUAAAUGACAAGUGAGAGUCCGUCAUUUAAGUUCACAACCAAGAAUGUCUUCUCACACAAAUACGUUGACUAGGGUUGCAACCCGUCCCGAACCGAAACGAGACGACAUUUGUUCCGUAUUCUACAAAUGUGUAUGUGUAAUACCAAAGAAGUGGUCCCAGAGUACUUUACAUAGUAGGCUGCCCUAGUCAUUGUUUCACUCACGGUGUUGCGAUAUUGCCUCCAACAGCCGCAGUCUCCCCCCCCCUCGGCCAACUUUAAAUAUAUAGGGACUGGUAACCCUAGUCGAAGUCCCCCCCUCCCUCCAUGAGACUAGGACGAUGCGUCCCUUAUUUUGAUUUCUGACAGGUGGGAACCCUAACGUUGACCCAAACAAGCUUAGCAUUUUCUUACUAAAAUGCUCCAAUCUCUUGAAACAUGUCCUUAUCCAGCUGUCGUAAAAGUUCGCGAGAGAAAACUGCUGGUGCCGACCGCGGCUCUCUGCGUCACACUGCAGCUCAAUGAGCUCCACCUGCAAAUGGUCUGAGUCACAUGGGCUGCUGCCCUCUAGUGGGUAAAUGAGGAACAGCAUUUAGUGUGUAAGCUACGCUCUAUGCAGGUAGCAGUACUGCUGCCCAAUGUAUUAAUUCUACGUGCGGGCCAGACGUUAUUGAUUUUAUGACAGAGGCUGCGGGCUGGAUGAAAUUUGACCACGGGCCGCAUUUGGCCCCCGGGCCGGACUUUGGAUAUGUCUGUCUUAGAUAGAAAUACAUGGCUAAUCUUGCUUUGUUAUUGUAAAUGUGUUAUGUUUCACUGCUACCUCUUUGUAAAUGUUAGAUGUGGACAAAAUUCAAAGUAUUUUUUAGUUCAUUUAUCAAAAUUCUGACAAAGAAAGAUGGGUAAAUGUUUAGAAAGCAAAUUAAGUGCUAAACUGUUGAAAUUAAAUGUGCUGCUCAAAAUAAAGAUGGGCAAAUGUUAACAUAGCACAUUCAUAUGGAGCACCAAAACUGACAAAA